GCGGGGCCUGAGCGCGAGGGAGACAGAGAGCGAGAGAGAGAGAGAGCGCGGGGUUGACGGUUGACGGUUGACGGUUGGAGCGCGGGGGACGAGGAGCGGGAACAAGAUGAAGAUGAAGCGGCGCUGAAACCCCGGCCCCUGAUUUAGGAGCCGUUGCUGUGGACGGAAAGAUGGGGACGUGAGCGGCCAUUGAGGGUGGCCUGGGUGCCGGUGAGCCCCACCCCCCCCAUCUGCUCAGCGUGCGGGCUAAGGUUCGACGGGCUGAUCUUCGAUGGAGGAACACAUGACAGGGCACAAGAAGGAGAAGUGUUAUGAGUGCGACGUGUGUGGCAAGGCCUGUCUGACUCCAGGCCUGCUGGAGACCCACCGGCGGAUGCACACGGGAGAACGCCCCUUCACCUGCUCGGAGUGCGGCAAGAACUUCAAAUGCUACGACAACCUGCAGAAGCACAGCCUCGUGCACUCCGACGAGAGGCCCUUCACCUGCUCCGACUGCGGCAAAGGCUUCAAGUCGUUCACGCAGCUGAGGUUGCACAGGCGCGUGCACACCGGGGAACGGCCCUACACCUGCAGCGAAUGCGGCAAGGACUUCAGCAACUCCAGCAGGUUGCUGGAGCACCAGCGCAUCCACACCGGCGAGUGCCCCUACACCUGCGCCCAGUGUGGCAAGCGCUUCCCUCGCUCAAGAUACCUGCUGGAGCACCAGUACACCCACAACGGCGAGCGCCCCUACACCUGUGGCGAGUGUGGCAAGGGUUUCACUCGCUCCACCGGGCUGCGAAGGCACCAGCGCACCCACACCGACGAGCGCCCCUACACCUGCACUCAGUGCGGCAAGGGCUUCAUCCGCUCCGACUCCCUGCUGGAGCAUCAGCGCACCCACACCGGCGAGCGUCCCUACACCUGCACCCAGUGCGGCAAGGGCUACACCCACUCCAGCAACCUGCUGUUCCACCAGCGCUCCCACACUGGCGAGCGUCCCUAUACCUGCGCCCAGUGUGGCAAGAGCUUCACCCGCUCCACACGCCUGCUGGAGCACCAGCGCACCCACACCGACGAGCGCCGCUACACCUGCACCCAGUGCGGCAAGGGCUUCAUCCGCUCCCACAACCUGCUGUCACACCAGCGGGUGCACGCCAGCGACCGUCCCUUCCCCAGCCCGGUGUGUGGAAAGCACUUUGCAGUGGCCUCCCACGCCCUGUCUCACCAGGACGUGCACACCAGUGGUAAACCCUACGACUGCCCGUACUGCUGUGAGGCAUUUGACAGCUUGCGGGGGUUGCGGCAGCACCGGCGUACCCACGCCAUCGAGCGGCUUCUCCCACUGCGACAAGCGUUUCAUGAGAGCACGGAGGCUGCGGGAGCACUAGCAGAUACACACUAGAGAGAGACCCUUUGUGUGCGCUGAGUGUGGCAAGGGUUCCACCCGCAUGUCCAGCCUGUGGCAGCUCCGGCGUACCCACAGCGGUGAGCUUCCCUUCCCCUGCCCGUCCUAUGGUAAGGACUUCACCCGCCUUGACCACCUGCUGGAGCACCGGCGAGUCUACACCGACCAGCGCCCCUUCACCUGCCCGCUCUGUGGCAAGGCCUUUGUCCAAUCCUCCAGCCUGUUGGCAUACCACCACGUGGAUAGGCACUGUUUAGGUAGACAGAAAAUGCUGCAAGGAAUGGGUAAGGUUUCGAGUCAAGACCCUUCUUCAGUCUCGACCCGAAACAUCACCCAUUCCUUCUCUUCAGAGAUGCUACCUGUCCCGCUGAGUUACUCCAGCAUUUUGUGUCUUUUUUUGUAAACCAGCAUCUGUAGUGCCAUGUUUUUAAACCAUUCUCGUUAACCAUCUCUGCACCUUCCCCAAAGACUCUACAUCAGUCCUGUAAUGGAGUGACCGGAACUGUAUACAACACUUCAAAUGCUACCUGACCAAUGUCACUUAAAGCUCCACAUAUACAUUCCUCUAUAACCAUAUAACAUUUAACAAUUACAGCAUGGAAACAGGCCAUCUCGGCCCUUCUAGUCCGUGCCGAACACUUAUUCUCCCCUAGUCCCAUCUACAGGCACUCAGACCGUAACCCUCCAUUCCUUUCUCGUCCAUAUACCUAUCCAAUUUAUUUUUAAAUGAUAAAAUCGCACCUGCCUCCACCACUUCCACUGGAAGCGCAUUCCACUCAGCUACCACUUUCUGAGUAAAGAUGUUCCCCCUCAUGUUACCCCUAAACUUCUGUCCCUUAAUUCUCAAAUCAUGUCCUCGUGUUUGAAUCUCUCUCAUCUUUUUAAAGACCUCUAUCAAGUUCCCCCUUAACCUUCUGCGCUCCAAAGAAUAAAGACCUAACUUGUUCAACCUUUCUCUGUAACUUAGUUGUUGAAACCCAGGCAACAUUCUAGUAAAUCUCCUCUGUACGCUCUCUAUUUAGUUGAUAUCAUUCCUAUAAUUUUGCGACCAAAAUUGUACACCAUACUCCAGAAUUGGCCUCACCAAUGCCUUGUACAAUUUUAACAUUACAUCCCAACUUCUAUACUCAAUGGCAGAUGGAGUUUAAUGCUGAUAAGUGGGAGGUGCUACAUCUUGGCAGGACAAGUCUGAAGAAGGGUUUCGGCCCGAAAAGUCGCCUAUUUCCUUCGCUCCAUAGAUGCUGCUGCACCCGCUGAGUUUCUCCAGCAAUUUUUUGUGUACCUUCUAUCUUCCAGCAUCUGCAGUUCCUUCUUGAACAUUCUAUACUCAAUGCUCUGAUUUAUAAAGGCCAGCACACCGAAAGCUUUCUUUACCACCCCAUAUACAUGCACAGUUAUUCCUAAAUCCCUCUGUUCAACUGCAUUCCUCAAUUCGCUACCAUUUACCAUGUAGUCCUAUUUUGACUUGUCCUGCCAAGAUGUAGCACCUCCCACUUAUAAGCACUAAACUCCAUCUGCCAUCUUUCAGCCCACUCUUACAAAUUGCCUAAAUGUAGACUUUGAAAAUCUACUUCAUUAUCCACAACACCGCCUAUCUUAGUAUCAUCUGCAUACUUACUAAUCCAAUUUACCACACCAUCAUCCAGAUCCUUGAUGUAUAUGACAAACAACAGUGGACCCAACACAGAUCCCCGAGGCAUCUCAUUAGUCACCGGCCACCAAUCUGUCAAACAGUUAUCCACCAUUACUCUCUGGCAUCUCCCAUUCAGCCACUGUUGAAUCCAUCUUGCUACUCCACCAUUAAUACCCAACAAUUGAACGUUCUUAACCAACCUUCUAUGUGGAACCUAGUCAAAUACUGAAGUCCAUAUAGACAACAUCCACCGCUUUAUCCUCAUCAAUUUCCUGAGUAACCUUUUCAAAAAAUUCAAGAUUAGUCAAACAUGACCUUCCAUGCACAAAUCCAUGUUGACUGUUCCUAAUCAGACCCUGUUUAUCCAGAUGCUUAUAUAUAUUAUCUCUAAGUAUCCUUUCCAUUAAUUUUCCCACCACUGACGUCAAACAAACAGGUCUAUAAUUGCUAGGUUUACUCUUAGAACCCUUUUUAAACAAUGGAACUGAUCUCUCUCCCCUCUCCCCCUACUUUCCCACCCACUCGUACAAAUUCUUCCACUCCACCCUCUCGUGCCCCCCUCCUCUCUCCCACCCCCCUCUCUCUGUCCCUCUCUCUCACAUUCACUUCCUCGCCCUUGUUCUCUCUCUUCUAUCUCGCAUACACACCCUCUUUCAAACACACACUCCCUCUCACACAAGCACCCCUCUCUUGCUGUCUGUCACACAACCUCUCCUGCUCUCGCGCACACAUCCUCUCUCUUAUUCUCUCACACCCUCUCUCUCUCACACGUGCAUUCCCUCUCUUUUAAACACACUCCCUUUCUCUCUCGCACACACUCCCUCUCUCUCUUGCUCUCUCUCACAUACACACUCUCACUCACACAUGCACACUCACACACACUCUCUCACAUAGGCUCUCUCACAAACUCUCACACACCUCUCACACACCCACUCUCUCCUUGUAUCUAGACUAUUUCACCCUACAUCCACUCAGUCUGCCAAGGCCUGCUGGAUCUCCCGGUUGCCAACCAUUUUAACUCCCUUUCCCACUCCUACACUGAUCUUUCUGUCCUGGGCCUCCUCCAUUGCCAGAGUGAGGUUGAAAGAGCUAAUAAUCAAAUCUAAAAUGGAGCUGUUCUUCUACAAAAGCAUGGUCUAGUAGAACAAAAGAAUGGCUCGGUCCCAAGUCUGAAUGACUUUGCAAAUUAUAUGGAACACAAUAUGGAGGACAGGUUGUCUUUUUAAUAAAGACAUUAAGAUGGAAGCCUGCGUAAUAACAUGUACUUCUUUCAAGGCCAUAAAGAAGCCUAGAUUGAUAAAAAAAAUAGCUGACGCUCCAGAGAUAAGUAAUAACUUGUUAUUGGAUGAGCUUGAUUUGGACCCAGCUUUUCCUAUAUUCUGAAAGGCUACAAAAUCUUUCAGUCAUGCCAUAUUCAGACUUGGUAGGAGUGUUUUACUGAUAAGAAAAAUGUAUAAUUGUGCUAACUUUCCUUUGUUCUGAGAGUUGAGCCCGAGAAGCACUGAGCAACUUUUGUGCUCAUUGUAGAUCUUGCCACUCCCGUCUGACGAAUUAAUAAAGAUUGCCUUGGUUUACUUUUAACAAUUUUGUUGUUAACUGCUUUUUAGAGACCAAAUUUGACAAGGUGGCACAUAAGCUGGAGAAACCAGCAGACUGGCCCCAAAACUUAAAAGCAUUUUAAUGUGUUUUUUGAAGACAGUUUUGACGCAUUUGUGUCUUACGUA